AUGAUAGUCACCGCAGGCAACACAACGCCUGUAACAUCACGGCUCGCAAUUCCAGAUGUCAGCCUGGAGGCUGUAUCACAGACGCCAUGCGCUGUCAAUGGAAAGCGUGAAACACUG